AAGCGCAGCCUCUCAGAUCGUGCCUGCACAAUCAGACCCUUGCUGCAUUCAAGCUUCCGCUUCCCUUCCUAUCGCAGACACACAUUCAUUUUCCCAAACUCAAGCUCAGACUCCCUCUCACUUUUGCAUGCAGGCAGGAGCCUUCCUCUCGCCAUAGGUACUGGUGGUUCACUGGUGUGAAGGUAGAGUCGCGGGUACAGGGAAUUCGGACUAUGGCUCUCCGAGCUCGUCAGAGCAGUGUGUUGGAGGUGGUGGUGUUGGUCAUCAUGUUCGGGUGUGUGCGGAUGGAGGGCGUGGAGGCAUGGUCUGGGCCAAAUGGCUGGAAUGACGCCCAUGCAACCUACUACGGCGGCGCGGAUGCUUCCGGCACUCAAGGUGGAGCUUGCGGAUUUGGCAAUCUUUAUAGCACAGGCUACGGCACCAGCACGGCGGCUCUUAGCCAGGCGCUUUUUAAUUCGGGCCUCACGUGUGGAGCCUGCUUCGAGCUCGCAUGCGAUCCUAGCGGUUCCAAGUAUUGUUAUAAAGGUUCUUCUAUUGUCGUCACUGCCACCAACUUCUGUCCUUCGGGUUCCGAAGGAGGAUGGUGCGAUUCCCCGAAGCAACACUUCGACCUCUCACAGCCCGUCUUUAACAAAAUCGCUCAACAAGCUGGCGGUGUCAUCCCUGUGAAAUAUAGAAGAGUGCCAUGCCGGAAGUCCGGAGGCAUGCGUUUUACCAUCAAUGGAAAUCCCUACUUCAUUUUGGUGCUCGUCACGAACGUCGGCGGAGCUGGCGACGUUCAGCAGCUUUCUCUCAAGGGCUCAAGCACUGGCUGGUAUACCAUGUCGCGCAACUGGGGACAGCAAUGGGAGUUCCGCGGGAAUAGCGCGCUCGUUGGACAGGCACUCUCCUUCAGGGUUGUCACCAGCGAUGGCGCAGAAGCAGUCUCCUACGAUGCGGCUUCAGAGAACUGGAGUUUCUCGCAGACGUUCGAAGGAAUCAAUUUCUAACAACGAACCUCCUUAAAAAUAAAAUCAAGUAAUUUCUAGAGCGAUGCUCCAGAAGCUCCAAAACACAUGCAGAGCCCUUUGGUGAUUAUCUUUGAAUGUCACCAAGUCGUGCAGGGGAGUGGGAAAAGGUUGCCGGGGUGUGUCGAUCGUCAGUACAUUUCGCCCGCUCCUUGAUUGAAUUUUAGACUCAAUAUCGUCAGAGUUGUGAAAAGUGAGGACUGUUGGUUUUCUUCUCGUUGUGAAAUGCAAUUGUUCAUAUGGUGAUGAGGUGGAUUGUGGACUUCAUUGAUUGGCCAGGCACCCGCGCUGUGACCACUCCUUAUUGAAUAAAAUUACGUGAGCAGUGCACAAGCGUGCUGUGAUUUUGCUUCUUGCGCACC